CGCCCGCUGUGCGCGCGCUGGCCCGGCAGCAUGGCGGCGGCGGCGGGCGCCCCUCCGCCGGGUCCACCGCAACCACCUCCGCCGCCGCCGCCUGAGGAGUCGUCCGACAGCGAGCCCGAGGCAGAGCCCGGCUCCCCGCAGAAGCUCAUCCGCAAGGUGUCCACGUCGGGCCAGAUCCGCCAGAAGACCGUCAUCAAAGAGGGGAUGCUGACCAAACAGAACAAUUCAUUUCAGCGAUCAAAAAGGAGAUACUUCAAGCUGCGGGGGCGAACGCUGUACUAUGCAAAAACGGCAAAGUCGAUCAUAUUUGACGAGGUGGACCUGACAGAUGCCAGCGUGGCUGAAUCCAGCACCAAGAACGUCAACAACAGUUUCACGGUCAUCACUCCGUGUAGGAAACUCAUCUUGUGUGCCGAUAACAGGAAGGAAAUGGAAGAGUGGAUUGCAGCCCUGAAGACCGUCCAGAACAGGGAGCACUUUGAGCCUACCCAGUACAGCAUGGACCAUUUCUCAGGGAUGCACAACUGGUACGCCUGCUCCCAUGCGAGGCCGACCUACUGCAACGUGUGCCGGGAGGCUCUGUCCGGGGUCACAUCUCACGGAUUGUCCUGUGAAGUAUGCAAAUUUAAGGCCCACAAGCGGUGUGCAGUGCGCGCAACCAACAACUGCAAGUGGACCACGCUGGCCUCCAUCGGGAAGGACAUCAUUGAGGAUGAGGAUGGGAUUGCCAUGCCGCAUCAGUGGCUGGAAGGAAACCUGCCCGUGAGUGCCAAGUGCACAGUGUGCGACAAGACAUGUGGCAGUGUGCUACGCCUGCAGGACUGGCGCUGCCUCUGGUGCAAGGCCAUGGUGCAUACGUCCUGUAAAGAGUCCUUACAGACCAAGUGCCCGCUGGGCCUGUGCAAGGUGUCGGUCAUACCACCCACGGCGCUCAACAGCAUCGAUUCUGACGGCUUCUGGAAGGCCACGUGCCCUCCAUCCUGCACAAGCCCACUGUUGGUCUUUGUCAAUUCGAAAAGUGGCGACAACCAGGGUGUGAAGUUCCUCAGAAGAUUCAAACAGCUGCUGAACCCUGCCCAGGUCUUUGACCUCAUGAAUGGAGGACCACACCUCGGCUUACGCUUAUUCCAGAAGUUUGAUACAUUCCGGAUUCUGGUUUGUGGUGGGGAUGGCAGUGUUGGCUGGGUUCUCUCUGAAAUUGACAGCCUCAAUCUUCAUAAACAGUGUCAGCUGGGAGUGUUGCCCCUUGGCACAGGGAACGACCUGGCUCGAGUGUUAGGCUGGGGCUCAGCCUGUGACGACGACACCCAGCUCCCGCAGAUCUUGGAAAAGCUGGAACGAGCCAGCACCAAGAUGCUGGACCGGUGGAGUGUCAUGGCUUAUGAGACCAAACUCCCGCGGCAGGCCUCCUCUUCCAUGGGCACCGAAGACUUCAGUGAGGGCUCUGAGGUGCAACAAAUUCUCUUCUAUGAAGACUCGGUCGCGGCCCAUCUUUCUAAAAUCCUGACGUCCGACCAGCACUCGGUGGUGAUCUCCUCGGCUAAAGUGCUCUGUGAGACAGUGAAGGAUUUCGUGGCUCGGGUGGGAAAGGCCUACGAGAAGACCACCGAGAGCUCGGAGGAGUCAGAGGUCAUGGCCAAGAAGUGCUCUGUCCUGAAAGAGAAGCUGGACUCUCUCCUCAAGACCCUGGAUGAUGAGUCCCAGGCCUCUUCCUCCCUGCCCACCCCGCCCCCCACCAUUGCAGAGGAGGUUGAAGAUGGAGAUGGGGCGGGCAGCGGCUGUGGCUCCACAGGGGACCGCUCGGUGGGGUCGGCAUGCCCUGCCCGGCCACAGAUAUUCCGUCCUCGGGAACAGCUCAUGCUCAGAGCCAACAGUCUGAAGAAAGCCAUCCGUCAGAUCAUAGAACACACGGAAAAAGCUGUUGACGAGCAGAACGCCCAGACCCAGGAACAGGAGGGGUUUGCUUUAGGUCUCUCCGAGUCAGAGGAGAAAAAAGACCUGAAGUCAGAUGACAGAGUGUGUCCCACCGAGAGCUGCGGGGUUGCAAAGGGCAGGAGCCUCCGCAAAGGUACCAUGUCCAAAUCUCCAUGUGAGAAGCUGAUAAGCAAAGGAAGUUUGUCACUGGGCAGUUCUGCCUCUCUUCCUCCCCAGUCAGGAAACCGGGAUGGCCUGCCAGCCCUGAACACCAAGAUCCUGUUCUCGAAUGUGCGGGCUGGGAUGUCUGGUUCCUUGCCUGGAAGUUCUGUCAUCAGUCGCUUAUUAAUUAAUGCUGAUCCCUUUAACUCGGAACCAGAAAACCUAGAGUAUUACACAGAGAAGUGCGUCAUGAACAAUUACUUUGGCAUUGGCCUGGAUGCGAAGAUCUCCCUGGACUUCAACAACAAGCGUGAUGAGCACCCGGAGAAGUGCAGGAGUCGGACCAAGAACAUGAUGUGGUAUGGAGUUCUUGGAACCAAAGAGUUGCUGCACAGAACCUAUAAGAACCUAGAGCAGAAGGUCCUCCUAGAGUGUGAUGGGCGACCCAUCCCACUCCCUAGCCUCCAGGGGAUUGCUGUCCUCAACAUUCCCAGCUAUGCCGGAGGGACCAACUUCUGGGGGGGCACCAAGGAAGAUGAUACUUUUGCAGCUCCGUCAUUCGAUGAUAAGAUCCUCGAGGUGGUUGCUGUGUUUGGUAGCAUGCAGAUGGCCGUCUCUCGUGUCAUUAAACUGCAGCAUCAUCGCAUCGCCCAGUGUCGCACGGUGAAGAUUUCCAUCCUGGGGGACGAGGGCGUGCCUGUGCAGGUGGACGGAGAGGCCUGGAUCCAGCCUCCAGGAUACAUUCGGAUUAUCCACAAGAACCGGGCACAGACACUCACCAGAGAUAGGGCAUUUGAGAACACCCUUAAGUCCUGGGAAGACAAGCAGAAGUGUGAACUUCCUCGCCCUCCGUCGUUCUCUCUGCACCCGGAGAUCCUGUCCGAGGAAGAGGCCACCCAGAUGGACCAGUUCGGGCAGGCGGCAGGAGCCCUCAUCCACAGUAUCCGGGAGAUCGCUCAGUCCCAUCAAGACAUGGAGCGGGAACUUGCCCACGCCGUCAAUGCCAGCUCCAAGUCCAUGGACCGAGUGUAUGGCAAGCCCAGAACCACAGAGGGGCUGAACUGCGGCUUUGUCCUGGAGAUGGUGAACAACAUUCAAGCCCUGUGCAGGGAGACAGCACUGCUUCUGGCCGGGAGGGUGGCCCUGCAGUUGGACCCCCCUCAGAAAGAGCGGCUUGGAGCUGCUCUCACAGAGAUGGACCAGCAGCUCAGGAAGCUGGCGGACACCCCCUGGCUGUGCCAGUCCGUGGAACCUGGUGAUGAAGAGAAUGUGAUGCUGGAGCUUUCCAAACGCAGCCGCAGUGGCAAGUUCCGCCUGGUGACGAAGUUUAAGAAAGAGAAAAACAGCAAGAACAGAGAAGCUCGCAGUAGCCUGGGAGCCCCGGUUCACCUCUGGGGGACAGAGGAGGUUGCUGCCUGGCUGGAGCACCUCAGUCUCUGUGAGUAUAAGGACAUCUUCACGCGGCACGACAUCCGGGGCUCUGAGCUCCUGCACCUGGAGCGGAGGGACCUCAAGGACCUCGGUGUGACCAAGGUGGGCCACAUGAAGAGGAUCCUGUGUGGCAUCAAGGAGCUGAGCCGGAGCACUCCUGCCACCGAGGCCUAGCCCUGGCCCUGUCGGCCUGCGUCCCCCGCACCCCCCACGACUAAGGCCAGGCGCAGCGCCUGCUCCUUCUCAUGGUGCUACUCCCUUUGCUCCAGACAGGAAGCCUUGCAGACGCCCGUUCUGUGACUGCUCCGGGGUCUCGAACACACCAACAUAGCUACCUUGAAACAGCACCUUGUCCCACCCGGCGUUAUGUGGGGCGGACCACCACCUCCCCUCUGCUCUUGCUGACCUGUGACCUGGGC